AUUAGUAAAUAUAUGUUGGUGCUGAUGUUGCAGACAGCUGGGAAAAUGCAUGGAGGCAACCAAAGCGGGGUCUCUGACUUCCUACUCCUGGGGAUCUCGGAGAGUCCGGAAGAGCAGCAGAUCCUGUUUUGGAUGUUCCUGUCCAUGUAUCUGGUCACAGUAAUGGGAAACGUGCUCAUCAUCUUGGCCAUCAGCUUUGAUUCCCACCUGCACACUCCCAUGUACUUAUUCUUGGUCAACCUCUCCCUCACCGACCUCUUCUUUGUCACCAAUACGAUCCCCAAGACAUUGGUGAACCUUCAGUCCCAAAACAAAGCCAUCUCAUACGCAGGGUGUCUGACCCAGCUCUACUUCCUGAUCUGCUUGGUGACCCUGGACAACCUCAUCCUGGCCACGAUGGCAUAUGACCGCUAUGUGGCCAUCUGCUGCCCUCUCCGCUACAUCACAGCCAUGAGCCCUGGGCUCUGCAUUUUGCUCCUCACCUUGUGUUGGGCACUCUCUGUCCUGUACGGUCUCUUUCUCACCCUCCUCAUGACCAAGGUGACCUUCUGUGGGUCCCGGAGAAUCCAGUACAUCUUCUGUGAGAUGUACAUCCUGCUGAGGCUCGCCUGUUCCAAUACCCAGGUGAUUCACACAGUGCAGAUUACCACAGGUGGCUUCAUCUUCUUCACCCCCUUAGGGAUCAUGGUCAUGUCCUAUGUCUGGACUGUCAGAGCCAUCCUCCAGAUACCAUCAGCCUCCAGCAAAUACAAAGCUUUCUCCACCCCACUUGGCUCCCACUUGGCUGUGGUCUCCCUCUUCUAUGGGACACUUGGUAUGGUAUAUCUGCAGCCCCUUAAAACCCACUCCAUGAAGGACUCAGUAGCCACAGUGAUGUAUGCUGUGGUGACUCCCAUGAUGAACCCUUUCAUCUACAGCCUGAGGAACAAGGACAUGCAUGGGGCACUGGGAAGACUCCUCUUAGGAAAAGCCUUCCAGAGGUUGACAGGAAGGAAACUGAGGCACUGA